CUGGUUUGUCCGGCGAAGUGGGUCCCAAGGGUUCACAAGGUCCACCUGGGAUAAAAGAUGGAUUCCUUUUUACCAAGCAUAGUUAGACAACAACUACCAGACUGUCCUCCUGAGUCAAAACAUGUGUACUUUGGAUAUUCGCUUCUCUUCAUCAACGGCAAUAACUGCGGACAUGGACAAGACCUAGGUGUUUGUAGGAUGUGUUUGCAAAUGUUCUCCAUGCCUUUCCUGGUGUGCAAUCCCAAUGACACUUGUCACUACGCCUUUCGAAAUGAUUACUCCUAUUGGCUGUCUACAGACAUGGCGAAGUCUGGCAACAUGGAAUUGAUAUCUGGUGAUUCGUUGGCUAAUUAUAUCAGCAGGUGUUCAGUAUGUGAGGCACCAGCUAAUGUAAUGGCACUUCACAGCCAGACCAUGGAAAUCCCAGACUGCCCUAAAGGUUGGCUUCCACUAUGGAAAGGUUACUCCUUUGUAAUGCAAACGGGUGCUGGUGCAGAAGGUUCUGGGCAGCAACUGGUUUCUCCUGGAUCCUGUCUGGAAGAAUUCCGGAAGAUUCCAUUCAUAGAGCGUCAUGGUCGUGGCACCUGUAACUUCUAUCCUGAUUCAUACAGCUUCUGGCUUGCAUCACUUGAUCCAAGAAGAAUGUUCAGCAAACGGGUGCUGGUGCAGAAGGUUCUGGGCAGCAACUGGUUUCUCCUGGAUCCUGUCUGGAAGAAUUCCGGAAGAUUCCAUUCAUAG